AUGAGAGUUUCAGACCCCCGCCUACAUAAACAGUAUGGCCGUGCGGUCCAGAAUUUGAACCAAACUCUCUGGGAGCAAGAGCGCGAAAAUUUCGUGCUGACCGGUUCUNCAUUCCAAUUCAGACGUGGUCCUACUUUGGAAAUCCCCUUUCCCUUCUGCCAAUGGACUCCUUAUACCUUUGUUGUUGGUGGUGUUUCCUAUGUGUGUGCAGAGCAAUUUUUUGCUGCAGAAAAAGCUCGCCUUUUUGGCGACCGCAAAUGUUUGCAGAACAUUAUGAGAGUUUCAGACCCCCGCCUACAUAAACAGUAUGGCCGUGCGGUCCAGAAUUUGAACCAAACUCUCUGGGAGCAAGAGCGCGAAAAUUUCGUGCUGACCGGUUCUUACGCUAAAUUUAGCCAAAAUCCAGAGAUGAGACUACACCUCCUUGGUUCCGGCGAUAAACUUUUAGCAGAAGCCAGCCCUUGGGACCUCAUUUGGGGGAUCGGCCAUCGGGCUGAUCACCCUGACGCUUGUCGUCCGUCCCGUUGGCGUGGUCUAAAUUUGUUGGGAAUAGCUUUGCAGAAGGUGGACGCUAUUCUCGACCAAUACCUUGCCGCGGGUCUUAUACAACACUCGACGUCUCCAUACUCGAUUCCUUUGGUUGUCAUACCCAAGAAAUCUGGUGGUCUUCGCAUCACCGUGAAUAAUCGCAAGUUGAAUAAGCUUUGUGCUCUUAGUCAGCUCCCGAUCCCUCGAGUUGAUGAUACUCUGGCCAAAUUGUUGAAGGGAAAGAUCUAUUCUCUCUUUGACAUGAAAUCUUCGUUCCAUCAAAUCACGGUUCAUCGUGAUACCAUCCCUCUCACGGCGUUUGUUACGUCUUCUGGGCUGUUUGAGUGGUUGAAAAUGCCUCAGGGCAGCGCCGCUGCUCCCGGAUGGUUCUGUAAGGUCGUCAACGAAGUCAUCAGAAAUCUUCGAGGUGUUGCGUCGUAUUUGGACGACCUCAUUGUCUUUGAUGAGACCCCGGCCGCUCAUGUAGCGNACUCAGGGCAGUGCUGCUGCCCCAGGAUGGUUUUGCAAGCGACCAUUCGCUCUCUUUUCGAAAGGUUGCGUACACACAACUUGAAACUGACCCCUUCGAAAGCUACAAUUGGCGCCACAGAAGCCGAGUUUCUUGGGCACACUAUUUCUCCGGACGGUGUUCGGCCAAAUGGUGACAAGGUUAUUGCGCUCACCAAGAUGCCGAUGCCCAACGACACCAAGCAGCUUCGAGCUUUGCUGGGUGGUCUCACCUAUUACCGGAAAUUCCUCCCACAGAUGGCUAAGCGUGUUCGUCCCCUUACGACUCUUCUGAAGAAGGAUGUGAAGUUUGAGUUUAUGGAUUCAAUGGAAUCCGCCGUCAGGCAACUUCUCGCAGAACUCGCGAGCCCCCCUGUUCUGGUGUAUCCUGAUUGGGAUGCUGUAUCCGACGGUUCGCGUCCUUUUCGCCUCUAUUAUGACGCGAGUAAAGAUGGGUUUGGCGGGACUUUGGAACAAGAGCAACCUGAUGGUUCUGUUCGACCGAUCGUAUUCGUUAGUCGAGCUACUUUAGAGUCUGAGCGCCAUUGGACUCCUCUGGAUAUUGAAGCUGGCAGUAUCGUUUGGUGCAUCAAGCACCUUCGUGGCUAUUUAUGGGGCACUUAUUUCAAGAUUUUCACUUACCACAAAUCGCUGGAACACCUUGCGAAGGUGGGGGAAACCAACGCCCGCGUUCAACGUUGGCUGGAAUUCCUCACAGCGUACUCUUACACUCUUGAGUAUCGCAAGGGUUCGUCAAACGGCAACGCCGACUUCCUUUCUCGAUUGCCGAUAGAAGCGACCGAGCGUGACCGUUCUGGCCGCAGUCGUCUGACUCCGUCCGCCGAAGACGAAGCGGUGUACUUAAUCUGCUCUUGUGGUUUUGUGCCUUCGGGUCACCAAGUGUUCCGCGCCCGGCUGUGGAUUUUGGAUUUUAUCAGCCGGAAGACGCGCCUCUCGAGCCGACUGUUCCUCCGUCUGUGGUUCGUACGCCUCCUGUUCGCCCAUCUUCGGCUUCCAGCCCGGUAG